AGGGGCUGAAUUGUUCCAGGCUACUAUAGUGAAGGCAGUGAGAGCCAGACUGGAGGAAGAGAACAAGUCUAUGGAGCAGCUGAAGAGACAGAUGGACCGUAUAAAGCAGCGCCAGGAGAAGUUUAAGAGUGGGAAGAAAAAGAUGUUGAGCCUGGCCCAGGAAUCUGGGGACAGAGAGAACCCCAUCCAGCCGCAGGAAUCUGGGGACAGAGAUAACCCCAUCCAGCCACAGGAGCAGGAGGAAGAGGAUGAUGGAGCAGAGCGAGAAAGAGAGAAAGAGAAAGUGAAAGAGAAAGAAACAGCCAAGACUAAAAAAGGCAGUGGUGGCGGCCUUGGGUUGACCACGCCUCCAGUAGGUUGA